AUGACUGCAAACUUGAUGCCUCAAAAACAAUGCAAUAAGAUGAGCCCGAUUAAAGACGUAGAAAAGCCUAAAUUCAAACACAACAAAUGGACUAAAUGUGAAGAUCAACUUCUUAUAAAAUUAGUAAAUAAUUCGUCUCCAAUUGUCUGGACAUAUAUUGCAGAGCAAUUCCCCAACAGAAAUAAAAGACAAUGUUUUGAAAGAUGGAACUAUUAUUUAUCACCAAAUGUUAACAACAGUAAUUGGACAAAAGAAGAGGAUCAAAUAUUGCUAGAAAAAUAUAAAUUAUAUGGAUCAAAAUGGACUAAAAUUGCUAAGUAUUUUAAAGGGAGAACAAACACAAAUAUAAAAAAUAGAUUCCUUGCUUUACAGAGACAAGGUAAAAAACCUAUCGAAGAGCCAAAUGAUGAAACCCAGAAGGAAGCGAAGGAAAGAGUGAUUCUUCCUUCAAUUCUCUCGCUGGAUAAUUAUGUGCCAAUUAAGCACAAAACAAUAGAGUCAAUAAUUAAUAUCACUAAUCUCUAA